GUGGGUGGGCUUCCCAUCUUUCGCCUCAGUUUACUCAUUUGUAACUUGGACCUCCAACCAGUUGCUGUGAGAAGUAAAUGAAUCCAUCAACGCACGUAAGGCCCUGUGGAAGAACUCAAUACUCCUGAGCGCAAGUUCUCGGAGCUCACUCCUCCGGCCGCCCCGCCCGGCUCCAGGGGGCGGGGACGAAGCAAAGGUCCCGCCGCCCGCCCUCUUCCCUCGCGAUCCCCCGCCCCGGCCCAACCCGCGGGGCUUCUAAGACUCGGCAGGCUGCGGGCGCGGGGCGCGAGGCUGCAGGGAGGUAAUCUGGAGCUCUCAAAAUGUUUGCCAAAGCAACAAGGAAUUUUCUUAGAGAAGUUGAUGCUGGAGGUAACCUGAUCACAGUAUCAAAUUUGAAUGACUCUGAUAAAUUACAACUUCUAAGUCUGGUGACCAAAAAAAAGAGAUUGUGGUGCUGGCAGAGACCCAAAUACCAGUUUUUAUCUGUCACCCUGGGAGAUGUACUCACAGAAGACCAGUUUCUGAGUCCAGUGGUCGUGGAGUCGGACUUUGUGAAGUACGAGGGCAAGUUUGAAAACCAUGUGAGUGGGACCCUGGAGACGGCAAUGGGGAAGGUCAAGCUGAACAUUGGUGGCAGAGGCCUCGUGGAGAGUCAGUCCUCGUUUGGAACCUUGAGGAAGCAGGAGGUGGACUUGCAGCAGCUCAUUGGAGUUGCCCAGGAGAGAACAAUAAAUCUGAAGGAUUCAGUGCUGCAGCAGGUGCUGGAGAGGAAGAAUGAGGUCCUGUGUGUCCUGACACAGAAGAUAGUGACGACGCGGACGUGUGUGAUAUCCGAGCACGUCCAGAUCGAGGAGAAGUGCGGUGGCAUGGUGGGGAUCCAGACCAAGACCGUGCAGGUGUCAGCGACGGACGAUGGGAACAUCAUCAAGGACAGCAAUGUGGUGCUGGAAAUCCCGGCUCCCACCACCAUCGCCUACGGCGUCAUCGAGCUGUAUGUGAGAGCAGACGGCCAGUUCGAAUUCUGCCUCCUGCAAGGCAAGCACGGGGGCUUCGAGCACGAGAGGAGAAGUGACUCUGCCUUCCUGGACCUCCUGCCCUUACGAGAGUUUGCGUUCUGGGACACGCCAGAUGCUGGGCAAGGGCUGCCUGCCUCGGAUGGGCCACUGAGUGUUUUAAAACAAGCCACUCUGUUCUUGGAGAGGAAUUUCCAUCCCUUUGUGGAGCUGCCAGAGCAGCAACAGAGAGCUCUGAAUGACGUCCUCCAGGCGGUCCUGUUUGAUGAAGAAUUACUCUUGGUUCUGGAGCAAGUGUGUGAGGACAUAGUCAGCAGCCUGUCACCCUCAUUGGCGGUGCUGGGGAAGCUGAAGCCUUCACAGCAGCGGGACCUCGUGGCCUUCCUGCGGCUAGUGGGGUACAGUGUGCAGGGCGAGUGUCCAGGCCCAGAGGAUGUGGUCCACAACCGGAAACUCCUUUCUACGGCCUACUUCUUGGUCAGUGCGCUAGCAGAAAUGCCAGAUAACGCAGCAGGUCUGCUGGGCACUUGUUGUAAGCUCCAGAUUAUUCCUACACUGUGCCAUCUGCUCCAUGCUCUGUCUGAUGAUGGUGUGUCUGAUCUUGAAGACCCAGUCUUGGCUCCACUGAAAGAUACAGAAAGGUUUGGGAUCGUGCAGCGUCUGUUUGCCUCAGCUGACAUUAACCUGGAGAGACUGCAACCUUCUGUGAAAGUUGCCACCCGGAAGGACCCUAACGUUUUCCCACUGAUUCUUUAUAUAAGCCUGAAUGGACUCUGUGCUUUGGGCAGAGCACAGUAACAGUGUCAUAUGUGGAUUACAGGUACACCUUAUUUUAUUGCACUUUGCAGAUAAUGCACUUUUUUUUUUUUUUUUUUUACAAAUUGAAGGUCUGUGACAACCCUGAGUCGAGCAAGUCUAGCGGUGCCAUUUUUCCAACAGCUCACUGUUGUCACAUUUUGGUAAUUCUCCCAGUAUUUCAGACUUUUUCAUUAUUAUUAUAUUUGUCAUGGUGAUCUUUGA